AUGUGAACAAGUCCCAUGGAGCUCAAGUGCCUUUUGAUGUGGCUCUUGUUUGGAUCCAUCAAGGGGAACAAGUCAGAAUUAUGCCCAACUCUUUUUGGGAUCAAAUUUGCUGAUGUUACUGCUGAAACGUAUCCACUGGGGACCAGGCUCUAUUAUGAAUGUGAUGAUGGCUACGAGAGAAGAAGCGGCCAGUACGCAGGAAUCUGGUGUCAACGUAUAGACCAGGUUGCUGCUUGGGUCUACAGGGAAUUUGAAUGCAUUGAUAAGAAGAUUUUAUUGUCAACGGGUCCCACAAUGAAGUUGGAUUUUACACAGAAGCCAGAAAGAAAAACACAAAGCCCUGCACCUCAGAAGAGAGAAAAUAUGUCAGAGUUUGACCAGAAAGAUUUUUGUGGUCCUCCCAAGACUAUUCCACAUGCCUCUUUAAGACUGAAUAAACAGUAUUACUUGGGGCAAGUAUUACAUUUCAAAUGCCAGAGCGGUUACGAUAAGCGAUCCCCCACCUCUGGCACGCGAACAUGCCAGAAGGUGAAUGGUCAAAUCACCUGGACCCCCCUUAACAUGCAAUGCACCAAUGACAGCAGCUAUAGCGAUGACUGGACACCACAGACUACUGAACCAGGAUCCAGAGUUUAG